CUUCCAGCCUGGAAACUCUCCCUAAGGGCCACACCAGAUUUUUCUUCUCUUUUUUGAAGUCUCACUACGUUUAUUCCUUUACUUCUUGAUCUCACAGUCUCUUCCUAUUUCGAGCACAAGUCAAAAUGGUCCGAAAAGACCCCAUCUUCGAAGCGCGCACCAAUGUCAAGCUGCAUUCAAACCGCCUAAAGAAAGAAGCCGCCCGGGCGGAAGCGACAUUCAAGUCCGAAAAAGCCAAAGCCGAUAGGGCGAUGAAGAACCGCGAAUUCCAAAUAGCCCGGAUUCACGCCGGCUCUGCCGUGCGCGAGAAGCGACGACAGGUCACUCUUCGAGCGGAGGCCGCUCGGGCAGAUGUGAUUAUCAACGAACUCAAAGCAGCCCAGAGCACCCGGGACACAUCGCGCACUCUGGCACUGGCGUCGCGCGGCCUGGACGCUGCGUCGAAGAGCGUUAACCUUGAGACUCUGGUUUCCCAUGCAAACAACUUCCUCGCUCGUUCGGAGGACUUCAAGAUCGCCAGUAGUGCCAUCGAGGAUGUCGCUCAGGGUGUGGCCAUGCAGGAGUACGGGGCGGAGGGCGAGACUGAGGUUGAUCGUCUCAUGGAACAGCUUGCCGAUGACGCCGGGGUGGAUCUGCGCAUGGCGCUGAAUCAGGAUGCGGUGCCGAAGCAGGAGGUCAAAGAACAAGAUAAGGUUGAUGUGGACCUUGAGGAUGGGUUGGGUGCUAGAUUGCGGGCUCUGCGGGCAGCAAAUUGAUAUAUUGGUCUCGUCAUUAUUGAGGAUUCACGGCCGACGUAUGAUGUUCGCGAUUAUUUGGGGUGUUUUUUUUUUUUUUUUUUUUUUCUUUCUUGUUCCUUCGGCGUAAUGCCUCAUUUUAGGCGAAUUAUGGAAAGCGCGUAAACUGCUUGGGUUUGAUUGAAUCUUUUUGGCGGGUUACUUGUGGGAUAUAUAUUAUUACUGCUUGCCCAUGUAUUGUGAGCAUAUUACGAGUCACGUCGUUGUUAUACUUCUUUUCUACUGUACAUUGGUUCACCUAUCUUCCUCGGUUCUUUUCC